AUGGCCUCCGCUGAUCGCGAUCCCUUGCCGGCAUUGCACGAGCUCCAGCAGCUUCUUCAAGCGCAGCUGGAGGCAUCAAAAGCAGAAGCAAACGGCUUGGCCCGCUGCUGUGCUCAUGCAGAGCGCCUGUUGGAGAAGACACGACCAGCACGUAGUGCCAGCGAAGAUGUGGGUCAGGAUUUGGACUUUGAGAAAUGGUGGCGGUGGCGUCAGCUGCGUUCCAAGUGGGCUCAGGUAAAGAGCCAGGAGCCGUUGCUUCGGGAGGCAGCCCAAAAAGCCCGGAGUACCUGGAAGCAGCAGCUACUGGAGUCGAGUUCAAGGACCAGCUCACAGGAAACAGCGGGGCAGUUCCUGAAGGGGUGCAUGCUGGCCAGACUCUGCAGCCUUGCAGUGGAGGAGGUUUUGCCCGCGCCUGAGAAGUUCUUCAUCGCAAAAGGGCUGUGGCCAGACACAGGUGAUGAGCAAAUCCUGGAGUUUUGCCGGCUUUUUCUAUACAUUGCACUUGAGAGGUGGUUAGUGCGGCUACGCCAGGAGGCGGCCAAAGAAGUCCCUCCUGCUGCCAUGGCAAUCAUGGCAAUAAAAGCCAUCAAGCAACGCGUCACAAAGAGAGAGGAACGAGACUCCCCUGGGGCCCCUUCCGUAAGGAGAGAGGAACGCGAGUUGCAUCCCUUGUCGCUCUUGCAACUGCCUGGUGGGGAGCCUGCAGUUCGAGCCAUUCUUCAAGCAAAGUACAAGGCACAGCAAAUGGAGGUGGAAACUGAGAUCAUGCGCAUUUGCUGCGGGCCCUUAGAGGGCGGUGCGACAGAGUCAAGCUUGUUGGAUGAGGUCAGCGGCAUCUUGCGUGAUGAAAGCGCCUGUGGCAAGGCACACCCGGAGAAUUUUCGGAGAGCUCUAGAGUUGCUUCGCUUGGCACAGCACCUUUGCUCCGAACGUCGGUUGAUGCUGAGCUAUUGGCCGUUUGCGGACUUGACCUCGUCAGAUCCCGGCGGUGAGGUGAAGAAACAAGUAGCCAAUGGCUUUCAGCCGGAAGAGCUCAAGGAGCAGGAACCCCAAGACACUGAGACGUUGACUUUUCCAGCAGAGCAGCGCUCGCGAUGGCUGCCAACGGAGGCAGAGAAGAUAUUGAGAUCUCAUCCAAGCAGUGCCAAGCAUGCAGCUUGCGGUGUGCCGAUUCCACCAGAAGCUCUUUUUUCUUGGAACCAAGCGGACUUCGAAAUCUACGUGGCCAGCGCUGGCUAUGUGAAGCCGAAACUGAAGGUCUCGUAUUACUUGUCACCAGAGUGUCCACAGACAAUUGUGGAUCUGGUUUCUCCUUCUUUGCGUGAGAUGAAUUGGACGUGCUCGGUAGCGCAACAAGCUGAGAUUCCGCCGAUUUUCAUUUGGGAAGGCUCUCGUCGUAGCAUCGAUCCUGCCCCUACACUGUCACGGGGUGGCCUUGUGAAUCGAGUUUCGGGAGCCUUUUCCGUCACCACCAAAGUUGGCAUGCUGAAGGCCGUGCACAGCUUCACUUUGCGAAAGGGCACAGCUUUCCCUCCACCAUGGUAUUCUUUGGCCUAUGAGCUGCCGGCAGACCUCGAGAGUUGGCGACAGCAUGCCCAGCAGCACCCACAGAAGCGUUGGAUCUACAAGCCGAAUGGUGGUGCUCGUGGCAUUGGCCUUAUCCUCGUCUCUUCGGUGUCUGAUGUAGACUCUGCCGAACGUCCAUUCCAAGAUCGCUGUCGAGCACCUCGUGCUGAAGACAUGCACUCAUCACCUUUGGAAGAACGAUAUUUUGCACCUAGUGGCAUCAUUCAGGAGUAUGUUCAAGACUUGCAGCUUCUUCGUGGGCACAAGUUUGCGGUGAGAACAUAUGUGCUCAUUGCUCGUGUCAAGCCACUGCUGGUCUUAUUGCAUGGGGCAGCGUAUGCGAAGGUUUGCGGUCAGGCUUUCGAUGCGGCCUGCUUCAGCCAGGCAGACCUCUUUCGACAUGUGACGAACCAAGAGUUUCAAAAGAAGGGCUCGGAAGUGCACGAAGACUGGAAGGUUUGGCCCGUCAUGCUGUUGAGGGAUUUAGCACAGCAGCUGCACAAUGACCAAGGACAGGCAACCCUUUGGCUCUCCUCUUUCUGGAAGCAAGUCCGAGAAAUUUGCCUUCAAGUGAUCGAUAGCUUCUCUGAGUCAAUUCGUGAAAGCCAGCCCGGGAUGUUCGAGAUUCUGGGCUUGGACUUCGUUUGCAAGGCAGAUGGCUCUUUGAUCUUUUUGGAAGCCAACCGGGAUCCCUCUUGGGUCAUCGACGGUGGUGCUAAGAAAGCAAUCAUUCCUGCUUUGGUGAGCGAUAUGCUGUCUAUCGUGCUUCGGUGUCAUGGGGGCGGAGAGUCAAGUGGAUGGCUGAAUCCGGGUGGGCACGAGUUCCAAUUUGAGAUCCUUGUGGACGAAGCCAAAGAGAUUCAAGCAAGGAAAAAAGGCACCAGCCAGUGCUCAAAGAGCUGCAGCCGAGUUCAGUGGCAGACGGGCCAAGAGGUCAAACGACGUCGAGUGGAAUCUUUAUCCGUUGGCAUGGUGGGCUUUGGCUCCAUUGGGAAAGUCAUUGCAGAGUCAUUAAACUCCGGAGCGAUUUCAGGUGUAUCCUUGGGUGCCGUGAUUGUGCAAAAUGAGCGUUCUGAGCGACCACCCGAGAUUGGGACUGCGGUCCUGACCACGAGCAUCGAAGAGUUUCUUGCAGCUGACUGGUUCCUUUGUGUAGAAGUUGCUGGCCAACCUUGGAUCCGUGACCAUGGGAAGACAGUGUUGGCUCAGGGAAGGGAUUUGCUCGUCACUUCUGUUGGUGUCUUUACAGAUGACCAGCUGCUGGAAGAUCUGACCUCCACAGCUCGCGGCUCUAACUCCCGACUGCUGUUGCCUGCUGGGGCAAUGCCAGGCUUGGACUGGAUGUCAAGUGCAGCCUUGGACGAAGUGGAGGAGAUUACCUUGGAGCAGCGGAAAAGACCGGAGGGUUGGCGUGGUACCCCAGCAGAGAAACAUUUGGAUUUGACAACUCUGACUGAAGAGGCUACGGUUUUUCAAGGUCCGGCUCGUAAAGCCGCCAGUGAGUUCCCCAAGAAUGCCAACAUUGCAGCAGCACUGGCCUUGGGCACUGUUGGACUGGACAAGUUGCAAGUUCGACUAGUGGCAGAUCCGACGGUGCCUGGACCAACCAACAGAGUAACUCUGAAGGGCCGCUGCGGCGAGCUCUCCUUAGAAGUGCGCGGCAAACCUCUGAGCCAACGCACGUCUCGCAUCGUUCCAUUUUCUGUGCUGAAGGCAUUGAAGAACUUGUCCUCCCCGCUGAGCAUUGGUUUCAGCCUGACAUGGCGGCUAGAGCAAGCACAAGACGGUCAGCCAAACUUGCCACCCAAGAAGUCCCUCCUUGGGCAAGCAAGUCUAGCGAGGCUAAACAAUGAUGAGCUGCGUGAAAAGAUUGAACGAGAAAGAGGAGUGGACAAGCUGACGGGUUUGAACAAGAAAGUUGAUGAAGGAGACUUCCAAGCUGUGUUGAAGAAGGAAGGCGUGGGGACGAACGGAGAUUCAACGCAGCAAAGAAACUUCGUUGAACAGCCCGCCUUCGACAUUGCCAUUGCUUCAGCCAUUAUUCUCAACUGCAUUGUGUUGGGCCUGGAGAUCGACUUGGCUCAGCAUUCCUCACCAACUCUUUGGAUUGUUUUCGAGAAUUUAUUCUGCCUUACCUGGAUAGUGGAGAUGCUUCUGAAGGUGUACUACCUGAAGUUGGCAUAUUUCAAAGACCUUUGGAACUACCUAGACCUGUUCCUGGUCUUUCUAGCAAUUUAUGAUGCCUGGAUAUCACGAUGGAUGGCUUCAGCAAGCGAUUUGGGAUAUCUCCGAGUAAUACGAAUGUUGCGGCUUCUGCGAUUAGUGAAGCUGUUCAAGGUCAUGAAGAUGUCAAGGAAUCUCUGGCUGCUGGUGCAAGGCUUCAUCGAGUCGUUUAGUACACUGUGCUGGGUCUCCUUCCUCAUUCUCUUCGUGAUCUAUGCGUAUUCGUGCCUCUUUCGCAUUUUGGUAGAUUGCAGAAAGGACUUUUCAGGCUGGAGCGACUGUUCAAUGUUAUUUGGAAGCAUGCCAAAGGCCAUGUUCACUCUUUUUCAGAUGCUCACUUUGGAGUCAUGGAGCAUGCUCAUAGCACGGCCUUUGAUUGAAGUAAACCCAGCAUUAUUCGUCGCAAUCAUUUCAUUUAUACUGCUGACGACGUUUGGCUUGUUGAACAUCAUUGUCGGCGUCGUUGUGGAGAAUACGUUGAGCGUUGCGAAGCAGAACCUGGACCUACAGACAAAGCGCGCCGAACGCCAACUCUUCAAGGAGCUGGAGCUUCUGAGAACUGUCUUCGAGGAAGCUGACGUAGAUGGAAGCGGGACGAUGGACAAGAGGGAGUUUUGCGAGAUUUGCAAUACAAUCAGCGUGAGGCGUGCGCUUCAUCGAAUGGGGGUGCCGUUGGACCAAGCAGAGACCCUGUUUGACAUCAUUGAUUCAAACAAGAUGGGCGAGGUUUCCUUCCCAGACUUCGUAGAAGGUGUCAAGAAUGUGCGAGGAGUUCCAACCAAUCUUGACAUGAAGACUAUGAUCGUGGCGGUCAAGAACAUACACAAGCAACAAGUGCGCUUUGAGAAGGAGUCGGUGCAGCUCCAACGAGUUCUGUUGGGAUUCAUCCAGGAGGCGCAGGAGGAUGGAAAUGUCAUACACCUCCCUCCCACAGAAGAACUUGAAGAAUUGCUGAAGGUGAGGAAGGGCUUGACCUCCAUGACAACGGGCACCUUUAGCAACUACAGUCCACGAGGAGCCAGCAAAAUAAGCUUGAGAGAAGAAGCGAGGAGUGAGGUCUUCAGUGAACAUGCGAGCCCGCAGAUUCCAUCGUUGGAGGUGCCAACAAGGGUAGCCAAUGUGCAUCCAUCCCAGGUGGGUUCUCUUUCAGUGCCAGAGGGGGUGUCGCCAUCGCUCGACGUCAAUGUCCCCACUAUGCGGGAACCCAUUGAUGACAGCCUGCUGAGCGACGGUACAUUACCGGGCCAACCGCUCGAUGAAAGUGCCGCUAGCUCGAGCAAAUCCAUGCCACUCGAGAUGCAAAGACCAUCAAGUCAGCCAUCGCGGUCCCCCAUCCCAUUGGGGAUAGGAGAGAGCCCAUCGAGAACUUUGCACGGCCACUUAUGUGCCAGCGGCGUGCAGAGCAUGGUUCGGCAGUUGUCUCAAGACACUACUGAGCCUACCAGGGGAGAGGCAGCCGGUCCUUUGUGCUGUGCUAGACAGCAUGGUAUUCAUUGGAAGCAGUCGUGGACGACCAGCUUCCCCUUUUCUCAGGCGGCGGUGUUAGAAGCCGUCAGGAGUGAGGCCAAAAGGCGGUGA